AUGAGAAAACUUGCCACUAUUCGUGUUAUUGACGAACUGCAUCCCAUCGAAGGCGCUGAUGCCAUCGAAUGCGCCGUUGUAGGUGGAUGGAAAGUUGUUGUUAAGAAGGGUGAAUACGCUGUCGGUGAUCUGGCCGUGUACCUCGAAAUUGACUCUUGGGUGCCGACUGAACUUGCCCCGUUCUUGUCGAAGGGCAAAGACCCACGUGAGUUUGAAGGCAUCAAGGGCGAACGCCUGCGUACCGUGAAGUUGCGUGGUCAACUGUCGCAAGGUUUGUUUCUACCAUUUGAUGUUCUAAGAGGCGCAGUUGUCAUUCUUGCAGAAAGUGCCGAUGUAUCCGAGUUUCUUGGCAUCGUCAAGUGGGAAAAGCCCAUGAAUGCCCAACUUGCUGGCAUGGCAAAGGGUAACUUCCCAUCACUGAUUCCUAAGACUGACCAAGAACGUAUGCAGAACCUGAAGAAGGAAAUUGCUGGCGCUGUUGAAUCAGGUCUUCAAUUUGAAAUCACUGAAAAGCUUGAAGGCUCUUCAAUGACCGCAUACCUGAUUGAUGGCGUAUUCGGUGUUUGCUCACGUAACGUUGACCUGAAAGAGACCGAGGGCAAUACGUUCUGGCAGAUUGCCCGUGAAUACGACAUUGAGGAUAAGAUGCGGAUUGCAGGCCUUAACAAUUUCGCAAUUCAAGGCGAGUUGAUCAGACCUGGCAUUCAAGGCAACAUCUAUAAGUUGAGCAAGCCUAUGUUCAUGGUGUUUGAUAUGUACAACAUUGUGACUGGUUCUUUCUUAACUCCGCAUGAUCGCCGUGCCCUUACCAAGGUGCUAGACGUUCCACACGCUCCUGUGCUGAUGGUUGACAAAGACCUCGGCAUGGGUUCUAUUGAUGAGAUUCUGUCAUGGGCAGAAGGUAAGUCUGUAAUGGGCGAUAUCGUCGGACCAGAGCGUGAAGGCAUCGUGUUCAAAGAAGUGAAUGGCGGUAUGUCUUUCAAGGCCAUCUCUAACAAGUAUCUUCUCGGAGAAAAGUGA